AUGGCUGAGGAACGAGUGAACGACGCCGCUCCUCCGGCGAAUUCUUCCUCCGGCGGUGGCGUCGGAGUGUCGCCAUUGGGGAGUACAGUUAUCCCGAUCGUGAACAAGCUGCAGGAUAUUUUCGCUCAGCUCUCCAGCCAGUCUACAAUUGAGCUGCCUCAAGUGGCGGUUGUGGGGAGUCAGAGCAGUGGCAAAUCCAGUGUUCUGGAGGCGCUUGUCGGCCGCGACUUCUUGCCCAGAGGCUCUGACAUUUGUACUCGGAGGCCGCUCGUGCUUCAACUAUUGCAGACCAAGCGAACAGCUGAUGGCAAAGACGAGGAGUUCGGAGAAUUUUUACACCUUCCUGGAAAGAGGUUUUACAACUUCAGUGAAAUUCGACGGGAGAUUGAGGCUGAGACCAAUAGAGAAGCAGGUUUGAACAAAGGUGUCUCAGACAAACAGAUUCGGUUGAAGAUUUUUUCACCAAAUGUUCUUGAUAUUACUCUUGUGGAUCUGCCUGGGAUCACUAAGGUCCCUGUGGGUGACCAGCCUUCUGAUAUUGAAGCACGCAUCAGAACAAUGAUAAUGUCAUAUAUCAAGCGCCCUACCUGCUUAAUAUUGGCUGUUACCCCUGCAAAUGCUGACCUUGCUAAUUCAGAUGCCCUUCAGAUUGCUGGAGCUGCAGAUCCCGAUGGUUUGCGAACUAUUGGUGUUAUUACAAAGCUGGACAUUAUGGACAGGGGUACUGAUGCCCGAAAUUUUUUGCUUGGAAAAGUGAUUCCUCUCAAACUUGGUUAUGUGGGUGUUGUAAAUCGCAGCCAAGAGGACAUAACAAACAAUCGAAGUAUAAAGGAUGCACUCAUAGAAGAGGAGAAAUUUUUCCGUAGUCGUCCUGUUUACAGUGACCUUGCUGAUCGCUGUGGCAUACCUCAGUUGGCAAAGAAGUUGAACCAGCUUUUAGUACAACAUAUAAAAGCUGUUCUUCCAGGAUUGAAGGCUCGCAUCAAUUCUAAUUUGGUUGCCGUGGCAAAAGAGCAUGCUAGCUACGGAGAAAUCACUGAAUCGAAGGCUGGUCAAGGAGCAUUAUUGCUUAAUAUCCUGUCAAAAUAUUGUGACGCCUAUUCUGCAAUGAUUGAGGGGAAGAAUGAAGAAAUGUCCACUUCUGAGCUAUCCGGAGGAGCCAGAAUUCAUUACAUUUUCCAGAAUAUCUUCGUUAAGAGUUUGGAGGAAGUUGAUCCUUGUGAAGAUUUAACCGAUGAUGACAUCCGAACUGCAAUUCAAAAUGCUACAGGCCUGAAGUCAGCACUGUUUAUUCCAGAAGUUCCCUUCGAAGUUUUAAUUCGGAAACAGAUUGCUCGAUUAUUGGACCCUAGUCUUCAAUGCGCUCGAUUUAUUUAUGAUGAGCUGAUAAAGAUGAGCCACCGCUGUGUGAUUCAUGAAUUGCAACGAUUUCCUGUUCUGAGAAAGCGCAUGGAUGAGGUCAUAGGGAACUUUUUGCGAGAAGGCCUUGAACCCUCGGAAACCAUGAUUGGUCAUAUUAUUGAGAUGGAGAUGGAUUACAUAAAUACUUCUCAUCCAAAUUUUAUUGGUGGUAGUAAAGCUAUCGAAAUUGCACGUCAGCAACAUAUUAGGAUUCCUGUACCAGUUCGUCAGAAGGAUGGUCCUGAUUCAGAUAAAGGACCAGCAUCAGACAAAACCGUAAGACCUCGUGGAAUUCUUGCUAGACAAGCAAAUGGAAUUGUUCCUGAGCAGAAUACCCGGCCCGCUCCAGAGGUUGAGAAACCUGCAACUUCUGGAACAAGUUCACCCUGGGGAAUAUCCUCAAUUUUUGGUGGUUCUGACCAUCGUUCAGCUGUAAAAGAGAACAUCAUGAACAAGUCGCAUAAUGAACCUGCUCCGAGUAUGGAGCAUGCUGUUUCAAUGAUUUAUCUGAAAGAGCCGCCAGCUGUUUUGAGGCCCUCAGAUGUCCACUCUGAAGAUGAAGCUGUUGAAAUUACAGUGAUAAAGCUGUUGCUAAGGUCAUAUUAUGAUAUUGUACGUAGGAACAUCGAAGAUGCUAUCCCAAAAGCUAUCAUGCAUUUCCUGGUAAACCACACCAAAAGGGAGCUACACAAUGUGUUCAUCAGAAAGCUGUACAGGGACAACAUAUUUGAAGAGUUAUUGCAGGAGCCUGAUGAGAUAGCCUUCAAGAGGAAACGUGCCCGAGAGACACUACGUGUUCUUCAACAGGCUUUUCGAGUGAGUUUUCUUUCUUAGAAGUCUAUAAAAAAUUUGUUGUGAGAUACAGUUUCUGGUCUCUUUGUAUGGUAAUACAAGUGCAUGUAUUUAUGGGCACUUUUUAAAAGCAUGUUUCUGCAGGCAGUUUUUAGUUUUUUUUUUCUUUUAGUAAAAAAAAUUAUGUGAAUUUGUCCAGUUGAGGCAUGAAGUAUUUAUGGGUUGGUAUUUUGUUACGGAUUGAUUUAGUUUACAUAUGAAGACUAUCACAUGAACAAAAGGAAAUUUGGUGCAUGCAGUCUCCCAUUUGCAUAAGGUUCAGUGAAGGUUUGGUUCAUAAAUGAAUGCCAACAUCUAACAAAUUGUAAGGGUAGUGAACUAAUGACUUGUACAAUAGAGCUGUGGAAUUGGAUGAAGGUUGAGAUUAGGCAACGAUAUAUUAGAAGAUGAAUUCAUUCAUGCCAGAGUGGUCUACAGUUGAAAUUAUAUAUUUUAUAUUGUGGGCCUGUGGCUAUGUCAAUGUGCUGUCGUGGUGAAUGAUCUGAAAGGCGUAUGAUCAAGUUUAUGGUGGUCUGGGUGUGGUUUACUUGAAAAGGCAUAUGAAAGGCAGCUGUAUGGCUCUAUCAUUAUUGGCUGCUCCAUAAUCCUCUUUAUGGUUUUGUUGUUACUUGCCUGAGACAAUGUGAAGUUAAAAAGAACUCUUGCCUGCUGUUUUUCUGUGUUCAUUUGGAGUUUCGUCUUAAUAGGCUCACAGAUUAAACCAAAAACAUAAUUGCAACUUCUGUUUUAUCUCUAGGUAUUGGAUGAACUGCCUCUUGAAGCUGAUACCGUGGAAAGGGGCUAUAGCAUGAAUACAGAUCCAACUGGUCUUCCAAAGAUUCAAGGGCUGCCAAGCUCCUCUUUUUAUGCUACUGGCAGCGGAUCAAGUGAUUCUUGUGGUGCAUCUCCUAAAAAUACAAAAUCACGCAAGUCCUCUCACUCAGGAGAACUUCAUUCUCCGUUUUAUGGUCACGCAGAGUCGAAUGGAGGAGGGCGUAAUCCUUUGGGUUUUUAUCCUUCAGUUGAUCUGUAGGCUGAUUGUGUUGAGGAUGGAAAACUUCUUAGUAACCCUUUGCAAUUUUGGGAGGGCAUCUGGAAUCAUAAGCAGCUUUGAUUCUGGUGUGGUACAGGGUAUUCUUUUUGACGAUAAAAAUAGAUAGUACUGCUGAUCAUUAUUUGUUUGACUUGGUAUUUUUUCAUUAGUUCCCUUAUAUAGUCCAAUAGCAGUGCACUGUUAUCAAAUGCGCGAAAGAAGGAUAUAAAAUAAAGGAGUCAUUGCUAGCAGUGGCAUAUUUUGGUUAUGUGAACUCUUUUUUACCUCACAAUGGGUAAAAAAGUAGCUGGAUGUAUUUUGAUCUCCGUCUUGUUGGCUUGUGUAUAGUAUGCAUUCCACUUUAGUAUGACAGUCUGUUGGCAAGUAUACAUGUCUUAUCUUGUUUCAGCUUUCGACAAUGGCAAUAUUAAUUGUUCAGAACUUGAGACGUUCUUUGCA